ACUCCAUUCGCUCUCACUGGCCUUCCUCGUCUCUUCCAGCUCUUCCUUGUCGCAUCUCGACUCAACUCAGCUUGCCAAGUCGCUCCGUGCCGAGGGACUCCGACGGCGUGUUGAGUCGAGGGAGAGACAUUCAAGAAGAGUCGAGACAGGAAGAGGCAGCCUGAGGAUUCUGAAUUUAAUGGUGGAUGGAGUGCAGUAGCUAGGCGCUAGCAGUUGCAUCCGUGCCAUGGAUCCGGAGUGAUCGAAUCCUUCGGGUACAUUUGUAUCCGACCACUUCGUGGAGUCCUGGAGAGGGAUGCACACGCGACGAGCGGCUCAAGCAGAAUCGGUCUGACUCGUAGCAGUCAGGCUCGGAGUUGUUUGGGCUGAUUCAUAAAAUAAAAAUGCUUCGAAAAGUCUGAUUGAAAGAUUAGUUCAGUUCGAUCGUUCUGAAUUAGGAUCGGAUUUUCGAGGGAGCCUGAGGGCGGAUUAGAAAGAGUGUGGGCAGGUUGGUUAGAUCGAGGUCGGGAAAAAUGACGACGCCUCCAGGGGCCAAAUCUAUGAGGAGCAUCACGAGCGCAAGCCUCACGAGCCCGAGGUCCAGCCACGUGCCGGAGAACACUCGCCGGACGACGAGCGGAAGGUACGUCUCGAUCUCUCGAGAAGAGCUCGACCAGACCACGGACGUCGAGCGCGAUGAGAUUAGCGCCGAGACUCCUUACAGGGUGCAAAUUCCGACGACCCCGGACAAUCGGCCCUUGUCCGGGCCCGACUCUCCAGCGCGAUCGGGGGCCAGCCCCGCUCAGCACCGGCAGAGCUCGGUCCGGCCGACGGUGCAGCAAUUCGUGUCGAGCACGAUGUUCACCGGAGGGUACAAGGCGCAGACCCGUGGGCAUGUGCUGGAGCGCGUGACGGGGGAGAACGAUCACGAUCAUCAGAAGGGCAGGGGCAGCACUUGCGCCGUCGGGGGCUGCGACGGAAAGACCAUGAGGGACGUGGACGGGGAGGACAUCUAUCCGUGCAAUUGCAACUUCAAAAUUUGUCGAGAUUGCUACUACGAUGCUGUCCACAACGGAGGCCGCUGCCCCGGCUGCAAAGACGAGUACCUGACCGACCUUCUGGACGUCAACGGCGCGAGCGACGACGACAAGCAGCUCAAGGCCUCGGACCGCAAGGCUCUCCCGAGCCCUGAGUACGAGGAAGACGACGAGCUCGAUAGGAAGGAGAGGAGCCUGUCCGUUCUCAAAAACCCCCCGCUCACCCUGAGCCAGCAGCACCCGGAGUUCGACCAUCAGCGCUGGCUCUACGAGACCAAGGGCACGUACGGCUACGGGAACGCCGUCUGGCCCAAAGAGGCCGGCGGUGGCGGCGGCGACGGCACCACCGGCAAGGCCGGGGCCCCGGCGCCGGCGUUCAACGAGAAGAACCGGCGGCCUCUGACGCGGAAGCUGAACAUCGCUGCCGGCGUCAUCAGCCCGUACCGGUUCCUGGCGAUGCUGCGUCUCGUGGUGCUGGGAUUCUUCCUGGCCUGGCGAAUUCAGAACCCGAACCGGGACGCGAUGUGGCUCUGGGGGAUGUCUGUGGUGUGCGAGAUCUGGUUCGCGUUCUCGUGGAUUCUCGACCAGCUGCCGAAGCUCAGCCCCGUGAACCGGGUGACGGACCUGUCCGUGCUCAAGGAGAAGUUCGAGAAGGUGUCGCCGGACAAUCCUCUGGGCAAGUCGGACCUGCCGGGGAUGGACGUAUUCGUGUCGACGGCCGAUCCCGAAAAGGAGCCCCCGCUCGUCACGGCCAACACCAUCUUCUCCAUCCUGGCCGCCGAGUACCCGGUCGAGAAGCUAUCGUGCUACCUGUCGGACGACGGAGGCGCGCUGCUCUCGUUCGAGGCGCUGGCCGAGGCCGCUAGCUUCGCCCGCGUCUGGGUCCCGUUCUGCCGGAAGCACGCCAUCGAGCCGCGCAACCCCGAGUCGUACUUCCUGACGCGCGGGGAUCCGACCAAAGGGAAGGUGAGGAUGGAUUUCGUGAAGGACCGCCGGAGAGUGAAGCGCGAGUACGACGAGUUCAAGGUCCGCAUCAACGGGUUGACGGAGGCCAUCCGACGGCGAUCCGACGCGUACAACGCGCACGAGGAGAUCCGCGCCCGGCAAGCCCAGAUUGAGCUCCGGGGCGACCCGACGCAGCCCCUGAACGUCCCCAAGGCGACCUGGAUGGCCGACGGCACGCACUGGCCCGGAACGUGGGUCGUCUCCAGCAAGGAGCACAGCCGGGGCGACCACGCUGGCAUCAUCCAGGUCAUGCUGGCGCCCCCGGGCAACGAGCCGAUCCUGGGUAGCGCGGACGAGGAGAACCUGAUCGACAGCAGCGACAUUGACGUGCGCCUGCCGAUGCUGGUGUACGUGUCUCGUGAGAAGAGGCCCGGCUACGACCACAACAAGAAGGCCGGGGCCAUGAACGCGCUGGUGCGCACCAGCGCCAUCAUGUCCAACGGGCCCUUCAUCCUCAAUCUCGACUGCGAUCACUACAUCUACAACUCGCUGGCCAUGCGCGAGGCCAUGUGCUUCAUGAUGGACCGCGGCGGUGACCGGAUCUGCUACGUCCAGUUCCCGCAGCGGUUCGAGGGCGUCGACCCCAGCGAUCGGUACGCCAACCGGAACACCGUCUUCUUCGACGUGAACAUGCGAGCCCUGGACGGACUGCAGGGCCCGGUCUACGUCGGGACCGGUACCUGCUUCCGCCGGAUGGCGCUGUACGGGUUCGACCCUCCCCGCAACCCCAAGGAGCACACGCUCUGGAACUUCUGUUGCGGCGGCGACAAGAAGCAGCGGACCAAGAGGAAGAAGGACAAGGUGACGAAGAUCAAGAGGGAGAUCCAGGUGGCGAGCAUGAACGGAGCGGCGGACGACGAUGACGACGAUGACGUGGUGGCCCGCGGCCUGCUCCCCAAGCAGUACGGGGCCUCGAUGGCCUUCGUUGCGUCCAUUCCCAUCGCGGAGUUCGCCGGGCGGCCAGUCGCGGACCAGGGCAUCCGCAACGGCAGGCCUGCGGGGUCGCUGAGGGGGCCGCGCGAGCCUCUCGACGCGGCCACGGUGGCCGAGGCCAUCAACGUCAUCUCGUGCUUCUACGAGGACAAGACGGAGUGGGGCGAGCGUGUCGGGUGGAUUUAUGGGUCCGUCACGGAGGAUGUGGUUACCGGGUUCAGGAUGCACAACCGUGGUUGGAAAUCCAUCUACUGCGUCACCAAGAGGGAUGCCUUCCGAGGAACCGCGCCCAUCAAUCUGACGGAUCGACUGCAUCAGGUGCUCCGUUGGGCUACGGGGUCCGUCGAGAUUUUCUUCUCGAAGAACAACGCCAUUUUCGCCAACUCGCACAUGAAGAUUCUGCAGCGCGUGGCGUACCUGAACGUCGGCGUGUACCCCUUCACCUCGAUCUUCCUGAUCGUCUACUGCUUCCUGCCGGCGCUCUCGCUCUUCUCGGGCCAGUUCAUCGUGGCGAGCUUGAACGUGACCUUCUUGGCGUACCUGCUCACCAUCUCGGUCACUCUGCUGCUGCUGGCGCUGCUCGAGGUUCGAUGGUCGAAGAUCACGCUGGAAGAGUGGUGGAGGAACGAGCAGUUCUGGGUCAUCGGAGGAACCAGCGCCCAUCUCGCAGCCGUCAUGCAGGGAUUGCUCAAAGUCAUCGCCGGGGUGGAGAUUUCCUUCACGCUGACGACGAAAUCCGGAGGAGACGACAUCGACGAUGAGUUCGCUGAUCUUCACGUGGUGAAGUGGACUUUCCUCAUGAUCCCGCCCAUCACCAUUAUGCUCGUCAAUAUCAUCGCCAUUGCCGUGGCAGUGUCCCGCACGCUGUACAGCACCAUUCCCGAGUGGAGCAAGCUGGUCGGCGGUGUGUUCUUCAGUAUCUGGGUGCUCACGCAUCUGUAUCCCUUCGCCAAGGGGCUCAUGGGACGCCGAGGCCGCACUCCCACCAUCGUGUACGUCUGGGCCGGCUUGUUGGCUAUUGUCAUCUCGCUUCUCUGGGUGACUCUCAGUCCUCCCUCCAAUUCGCAAGGGCUCACCGGCAACAACUCGUUCCAGUUCCCUUGAGUUUUGAGGCUUGAUGCAUUCAGGAAGCGAUUGCGACUGACAGAAAAGAAAACGCAAAUAAGAACACUCUGCAGCUUCCUCGGCAUCAAAGAGUCGGUCUAGAGUGGCUAACACAUUCAUCGUCGUCGUCGUCGUCAUCGACCACGGAUUCCAACGGUUUUCAAGUGCGCUGUGCCGUGGUUCUAAUUGGAUCGGAGGAGCGAGGGAAUAAAUCGAUCGAGACGGCCCAUCGGAUCCGCAACUUUCUGAACUUCCAAACUUUUCCUUAACGUUCUGCCAAUGAGAACACCAGAGAAAGAGAGAAAGAAAUAAGGGUCAAGGGUGUGUGGAUAUGUGAGUGCACGAGUGUAUAUGAAUAUGAAUAUGCACAUGUACAUACAUCAUCUAUUUCUGAGAGAACGGGGCCUAACUUCGAAAGUUUAGAAGAGUAUAAAUCGUUUCCAAAGUAGACAACGAAAGUGAUAAGCCCGAUCGGGUAGCUUGCGUCUGCAUAGAAUUUCCAACUGUUGUACAGACAACUGUUGUACAGACGAUGUCAUACUUUGGUGGCCAGUCACUAGAAAUUGCUCCAUCACACCUCAUGAUUGAGUCUCACUUCACUAGCUGUAGUUGAAAGCCUCUUGGACCUCGACAGAGAGACAACCUCCUCUCUCUUUCUGCGUAGACUCUAGAUCUUAGCGUCUUAAACCCUGCGCUCUGACCUGGUCCCAUUUCUCCUCUGCGUCACGAUACCCUCGAAAAUCCUUUCAACUGACUAUUCUUUCAUUCAUUCUUUCAUUCUUUCCGUCACUCCCCCAUUGGGAACGCGAUGCUGAUGUACAUUUUAUACCACGCUCAGGUGGUCACUCCUGUAUGGUCAUUAUGCAUCCAGUGAGUUUAGCGCAGAUUAUGUAUAUAAGAUGUACACUACACGGCCCUUACUAGAAGGCUCACCCUGUAAGUAGGACAAUAAUGGAGCCAGCCAUGGCUGUAUUAUUUUUUUAAUACUUGCAAUCUAUAAAAGAUCCCUCCAUCUGGAGACUUGGUAAAGCUCCUCCAGUUUUUAAAC